CUCUCUCUCACACUCAAACACACACACAAACACACACAUACGAAAAACGAGUACUAAAAAUUUCAAACAUAAAUUUGGCUUCCCUUUGAACAUUCUUAUUUUUCACACACAGGUCAAAACUUUUUCUUCCUCUUUCCCAACGCCGCCGAGCUCCGCACGGUUCACAUGGCGGAGAUAGCGCAAAAUCACGACCCUGAAAGCAAGCGGCCGAUGGGGCCGAAGUCCCUGGCGGCGCCGCCGAGGCUCCUCCGGCAGAAGGAGGAGGUUCGGCUGGCCGCCCUUGCCGUGGGCUUCCGCGCGCGGCUGAGGGCCGCCGACAUGCCCGCCGCCAUGCAGGAGCGCGCCAUCCGCCACGCCCGGGCCCUCCUCGACUGCCCCGCCGCCGGCCGCCGGCCCAACCCCACCCUCCUCGCGCGCUCACUCAAAAAGGAAUUUGACUCGGUAUACGGUCCGGCGUGGCACUGUGUGGCCGGGAAGAGUUUCGGGUCGUUCGUGACUCACUCGCCGGGUGGGUUCGUGUAUUUCUCGGUUGACUCGCUUUUUUUCCUGCUUUUCAAGACUCAGGUUCAUGUCAUCACUCACUCAUCACCAAAACAUUGAAGACUUCAGAAAUUUUAAGAACAUGUUUUGAAAUUAUCCCUUCAUCUGUGUGGACAAGUAAUGAAAUGACUAGUAGAAUUUACAAUUUAGUGAUUUACUCGUUAAAAUUUUAAAUUUUCCAUGCCUGCCUUUUCCUUGUAUAAUUUCCUUUCUUGUGCUGAUUUUUUUCCAAGGUUUAAUCUUCUUAAUUGCAAUUGGG